AUGAAAGAACAGAAAGGGAAAAGAGAAGAGGGGGAGAACCGGAGAGGGAAGAGAAGAGGAAGGAAGAGAGGUGGCGCCGGUGGGCGUCACUGCCACCGUCGCCGCCGUCGUGUCGUCGCGAGGAAGGCCAGAACCGAGGGAGAGAGAGAGCCGCGCAAAGAGAAGGAGGCAUCACCGUCCCGUGUCGCCGUCGUCACCGUCGAGGUCUUCAUCGUCGCCGUCCAUAGAGGUUUGCAAAUAGAGGGAAGACGCGCCGUUCUACCCAGAGCCGCCACGGGAAGGGUUGUUGUAGUCAAGCUCAGCCACCAUCGCCUCUGUUUCGCGCCGCCAGAUCUGUCGCCGGGAGAGAAACAGAACGCGCGUGGAGAGAGAAGUGGUCGCAAGGAGGUUCUGCCGCCGUUGGAACUCCGCUGCUGCUGCUGCCAUGCCCGCCGCGCCUCUGCCGCCAAGAAAUGCCAAGGAGGGACUGUCCGCUGUUGCGUUGUUCCUGUCGCCGUUCGGAUGUACCUGAACCAAGUCGUCGUUGCCAUCGGAGCUGAACUGUUCCUGUCAUUAUCCCGAUUCCCAGGACUAUCGCCAGCUACAUUUUGUCGCUACUCCGGUCCAAAUUCUGCGCUCAUUCGUUUUAUUCUACUUCAAUCUUCCUUAUCUUGAAUUCGACACUCUGGGUUUGGUCUCUUCGGUCCGUUAGGACCAUGCUG